CAGCCGAUACAGUUCCGCUUCCGGCUGCUUGAGCGUUGUAGCGCUUUGGGGUCGCCAUGGGCAAGUCGGAUUUUCUGAGCCCCAAGGCCAUCGCGAAUAGAAUUAAAUCCAAAGGACUCCAGAAGCUUCGCUGGUACUGCCAGAUGUGCCAGAAACAAUGCCGUGACGAGAAUGGCUUUAAGUGUCACUGUAUGUCUGAAUCUCAUCAAAGACAACUGUUGCUGGCCUCAGAAAACCCUCAGCAGUUCAUGGAUUAUUUCUCAGAGGAAUUCCGAAAUGACUUUCUGGAACUUUUGAGGAGACGUUUUGGCACUAAGAGAGUCCACAACAACAUUGUCUACAAUGAAUACAUCAGCCAUCGAGAGCACAUCCAUAUGAACGCCACUCAGUGGGAAACGUUGACCGACUUCACCAAGUGGCUGGGCAGAGAGGGGUUGUGUAAAGUGGAUGAGACACCAAAAGGCUGGUACAUUCAGUACAUAGACAGAGACCCGGAAACCAUUCGCCGGCAACUGGAGUUAGAAAAAAAGAAGAAGCAGGAUCUUGAUGAUGAAGAAAAGACUGCCAAGUUCAUUGAGGAGCAGGUGAGAAGAGGUCUGGAGGGAAAAGAGCAGGAGACGCCUGUUUUUACAGAAUUGAGCCGAGAAAAUGAUGAAGAAAAAGUCACAUUCAAUCUGAAUAAAGGAGCAGGUAGCUCAUCGGGAGCAACAUCGUCCAAGUCAAGCUCUUUGGGACCAAAUGCACUGAAGACGCUGGGAAGUGCAGCCUCCAUGAGGCGGAAAGAGUCUUCCCAGAGCUCGGCUCAGCCUGCAAAGAAGAAAAAGAAGUCCGCACUGGAUGAAAUCAUGGAGCUGGAAGAGGAAAAGAAAAGAACUGCACGAACAGAUGCCUGGCUACAGCCUGGAAUUGUUGUAAAAAUUAUAACCAAGAAACUCGGAGAGAAAUACCACAAGAAGAAGGGUGUCGUUAAGGAAGUGAUUGACAGUACCUCAGCUGUGGUAAAGAUGAUUGAAACUGGAGACAGGCUGAAACUGGACCAGACUCAUUUAGAAACUGUCAUUCCAGCACCAGGGAAAAGAAUUCUAGUUUUGAACGGUGGCUACAGAGGGAACGAAGGGACCCUGGAAUCCAUCAAUGAAAAGGCCUUUUCAGCCACCAUAGUCAUUGAAACUGGACCUUUGAAAGGACGCAGAGUGGAAGGGAUUCAGUACGAAGACAUAUCUAAACUUGCUUGAGCUUGGAAAUGGUUAACAAUACAUUGAAAUCGUAAAGCAUCAAAUUGAUGUUAGUCAAGGUACUAUGUAACUCUACUGUGUUAGGGGAUUUGUUUUGUAUAAAAAGUGGAUUUAAAUACUACUAGAUAGUUGUUUGAGUAAAUUUAUAAUGAAAUCUAAUGGGUUUUAAGUGGCAAAACUGUCAUUUUAUCUUUGUUCCUUUUUCCUUCAUAAUACCACCAUUGUAGUGGGUCACUGUUCAAGCUUUAACCUGGAAGUACUACCCCCUUGUAACUAGUAACUGUCACACCUACAAGGCG